GCUGCGCAUGCGUGAAUCAAGGAGAUGGCGUCUGCCGAUGCUGGCGAAGUCGAUGCUCUAGCGGAUGGCUUGUUGUCUGUUCUCAGACCGGCAGUGGAAGAGGUCGAUGCACGCGUAGAGGCAGUUAGAGAGAGCCAAGUGGAAUUGCGAGAGUACAUCGAUAAGCUAUCGAGAGAACUUCACAGGCUGUCUGAUCUUCAGAGGUCACCUGUUAAUCUGGAUUCCUACAUUCAGAAUCUAGCUAAUUCAAGGCAUCGAAUUCUUCUUGUCAAUAACAUCUUAGAGAGUGUGCAGGAGAGACUCAAUCGACUACAUCAUCUUGUCUCUAAGGAGACAGCACGGAGAAAAGCAAUGCUUGGUGCAGCACAUUUGUCAUGAAGAAAUGAAUUGACUGCAAUGAAUUGUAUACUUAUACUGUGUAAUGAAUAACAAAUACUAUCAAGAGAAUACUGUGCAUAGAAUUCAAUAGUAUCGUUAAUAUAAGCUGCUACUGUAAUAACCAAUAUUAAGUUGAACA